CGUGGGCCCUGGCGCCACUUUGUUAGCUAUUGAUAACCCCGCCUGAGUCUGUUUGGAGUCGUUAUUCAAGUUACUACUCGUUCUCGCUGGCAAAAAAUUAGUGGCGAAAAAUCCCUAAAAAACCCUAAACAUCAUACAGCCGUGAUUCAAGUUGCACAAACACCCUGUUGUCGCAAGCAAAGAUCGAACACUUGCUCAUUCAUACACCUUUACCAUCACAAUGAACCAGGACGGAUCCAACACAGCUUCACAGGAGGACAUCCCUAUUCAGAACCAGCACACUGAUCUUGCCGCACCACCUUCAGAGACAUUUGAGGAUCUUAAGGCCAGACACAAGAAGGAGCAACGUGAUCUCACCGCCAAGGUGACGGCACUCAAGAAGACUGUCAGCAAGGGCGAUAAGAAGAAGAAGAAGGAAAUCGCAGCAGAAGUAGCUCAAUUGGAACAGAGUCUGAUUCAGCAGCACGACAAAGAGGAAAAAGAAUGGUUGAGUCUGCAUGGAAACAGUGCUGUCAGCGGUAGCAGUAGCAGCGGCGCCAUUGGCCAGGGAUCGACAUCGGAGCAAGAUAACGACUCUGAGGACGACUUCGACGUGAACAAUAUUCCCAUUGAUCAUCUUGUUAUCGAACCAACCCCGAAAAAGCAACCACAACAGCAGCAGUCCACUGGAGGCAAAAAGUCCAAUCGCCAGAAGGCACGUAAGGAUCGUAAAGCGCAGGCAUUGAAGGAGAUACAGGACAAAGCCGAGAAAGAGGCUGCGGGACAGGUCAACAUGAAUGAGGUUGAGCGGAAAGCGAUUGAGGAACUCGCCGAAGUCAUGAACGUAGCUGUCAAGGACGUCACUCCGGAUGGACACUGUCUGUACAAUGCCGUUGCGGACCAGCUCUCUCAGCACUAUCGAACAGAGACCACGGUCAAGGAUCUUCGACACUCUACAGCAGAGUAUAUGCGCGAAAAUUCCGAUGACUUUUUGCCGUUCUUGACCAACAAACAUGGAGACAUGAUGUCACCUGAGGACUUUGCAGAAUAUUGCAAAGAUCUAGAGACAACGGCUGUGUGGGGUGGUCAACCUGAGUUGCUUGCUCUGUCGAGGGUGCACAAGGUACCAAUCUGGGUGGUCCAGAUGGGAAGCCCGACUAUCAAGCUGUCGGCAGAUGUGUACUCGGCAAAGACUCCCUUGAUGGUAUCGUACCAUCGCCAUAUGUAUGGAUUAGGGGAGCACUACAAUUCUUUGCGACCCAAGCAAUCCUCAUAAAAAUAAAUCGAAAGGAAGGUGCUAUCUCAUUCUCAGGCCUUUGUCUGCAACCUCGUUACACCGAACACUCUCUCAAUGGUCUACAUGCCGCAUGU